AUGCAUUUGCUGGUUGAUGCACUUCGUGCCGCGAAUUGUGAUGUUUGCCUUCCAAUGCCGAUGAUGAAUGGUGCAUAGCACUGUCAGCCAACUAACAAGUGAGCGAUCUGUUCAAGUGAUUGUCAAUAAUCGAUUACUACUGGCGUACUAUUGGACGUGAGGUCCUCCGAGUGCUUGUGCUUCGGAACGCAGCGAACAUAGCCAAGAAAAAUUGUAGCAAAAAUUUUAAACGAACGAACGAGAGCGAGACACACGAAUCAAGAGUGAGAGAGGGAGAUAAAGAGCGAGAGAGAGAGAGAGAGUGCAUGAGAAAGGAAGAAAGAGAGAGAAAGCGAAAGAGUGUGGGUGUUUAUGAGGUUGGAAGAGUGGAGCUAGUGAUCAAUUAAAAAAUGAUACCAUGGGCUUAUGUUAUGUGGAUUACCGCUGAUGAAACGAUAUGAGCACGUAUGCGUACACUGCAGGUUGUUGGAAAAUUAGAAAACAAUGCACGAGAUGUGGUGUUGGAUAGUAAUUUUGCAGUUCUUCUUCUUCUUGGCGGCAGAAUUCGCUUCAGGUAUCAUGCUGACGGAGGUGCGGGUGCCAAAGCAUGCCAUAAAGGGCCGUUCGGUGAGGUUGGAGUGUCACUACGACAUGGAGGGUGAGGCGCUGUACUCGGUCAAGUGGUACAAGGAUGGACACGAGUUCUAUCGUUAUGUGCCAAGAGACGUCCCACCCGGGACGGUUUUCCCCCAACCCGGUAUCAUUGUGGACCUGCAAAAUUCGACCAGUGAGCAGGUGGAACUGGACCCGAUCGAUCUCUCCUCGACCGGCAAGUAUCGAUGCGAGGUGUCGGCCGAAGCGCCCUCCUUCCAGACGGUCUCGGACCACGGAGACAUGCAGGUGGUUGUCCUGCCCGAGGAGGAUCCGUACAUCACGGGCGGAAAACCGCGCUACCAGGUCGGCGAUAUCGUGCAAGUCAACUGCACAUCUGGCCGAUCGAAACCCGCGGUUCAGCUUGCGUGGCGCAUCAACGAUGAGCCGGCGGACGGUUCGAUGCUGAAGCGGUUCGAACCCAUCGUGUCCGGACCGGACAAGCUGGAAACCUCCAUACUGGGGCUGGAAUUCCGUGCCAAGCCAAAACAUUUCAAGCGAGGCGAUAUGAAGCUCAAGUGCCUCGCCACAAUCUCGACCGUGUACUGGAAGAGCAACGAGGAGAGUGCGGUGGGCGAAAAGAUUCAAAAAGCGCCAAUGCUCGAGUCCCGACGAGCCGUUUCGAGCGACACGCGAGCGGACCGGGUUCAAGCGGCGAGCGGCGAUGCAUUGGCGAAUAAAUAUUCAUCGAGCCUGAAUUUUACAUUGCGCUGGCUGCUCCUGAUGCUGCUGACCGCGACCGGCUGGCCGUUGGCCUAAAUGCAACUUAAUACGAACACGAGUCCGCGAGCACAAUCCAAACAAAUCGCUCUCUCUCUCUCUCUCGCUGUCUCGCUCUUCAACUAUAACAAUUUUAUUAUCAUUCACUGUAAUACAUUCCGUCCCGAAACGGGUCGACCCUUUUCGACCCCGACACGUCUACCCCUUUCCCGGUGCUGACUCCGCCGCCCUGCGUUUGCGCCGGUUGCCAAAAAUAAAAGCUGCCCAAAGCUGUCCCGAGUCCCCACAGCCGGAAAAUUCCUCGCAAUGAAGCGCGUGGGUGAAGGCGUUGCCUAAAAUAACCGAUAACCGAACGUAUGGCGCUGGGCGGCCGAUUUACGCGCUACGCGAAGAUGAUGCAUAUCACACGCCAUUGUUCGAUCCGCGACGGGCCAAUUGACGGCGAAUAAGAUAAUUCUCACUGUUCGUUCGGCGAUGGAAGCCUCCUGUGUGAGACAGGCAUGACGGGCCGAAGACCGGUUGGAUGUCAGGCAUAAUGGAUGAAGAAGGAUGAUGAAGCAGGAGAGAAAAAAAACGAAUCAUAUCACUACGACACAAUGAAGUAAUAUCUCGAUGUGCUUUUUCACUGUUCUCCCAAAGAAAACAUACUUAAAAAAUUGAAACGAAACGAAAAAAAAACAUACAUUAAACAUAUCACCAGUGAAUAUUUGAACAACAGCAAAGAAAAACUUUUCACUCCGUUUAUUCGUGGAUAAGUGUGUCGCAAAAUCGAUUCGAUAUCUCUUGUAUAAAACAAAACAAACAAAAAACCAAACCACGUGUACAUAUUGUAAAAGAAUUCGACCGUAACGAUUCUGGCAGGUCGGAAUGUGCCCAAAUUGUUGCUAAUGUUUUUAUUUCCCCCAAAUAGUACGAGGAUUUUAGAUAACAAACGAUAGCAAACGAAGCAAGAAAUGAAUUUAUACACACCUACAUGCACACACAUACACGCGCACACACUCAACACUCAGAUACAAUAACUUGCGAUAGCGGAGAAAGCGAAAGCAACUGCGUCCGAAACACGGUGCGGAGUGCGUUGAGUACUCUUUUAGACAAUUGUUACUUAUUCCAUACGAGCCCGUAUGAACAACGAGCAAGAAAGGACGAAGACGUGACUGAAGAAUAAAGUAAUUUUAUCCAUUAUGAUAA